GCCUGCGCCUGAUAUGACGUGUUCAGGAAAUGAAACUGCUAGGAAGCUGCAACAUUUAUCGACAAUCGUAGCAUUUCGUGGUCUGUAAUACAGGUGUUUUGCAUUAAGAAAGCAUGGACACUUGGAGCCUUUUAUCCAUCUGUGUUUUGCUCGGCCUUACGACGAGAUGGGCUGUUUCCUUGAACUCAUAUUCAGGGGCAGGUAAACCACCCAUGUUCGGAGACUAUGAAGCUCAAAGGCAUUGGCAAGAAAUCACAUAUAAUCUGCCUGUUCAUGAAUGGUACUUUAACACAACAGACAACAACCUGAACUAUUGGGGCUUGGACUACCCUCCGCUAACAGCGUACCACAGCCUAUUGUGUGGACACGUAGCCAGUCUGAUAAACCCAGAUUGGGUGGAACUGCACACAUCUCAAGGUUUUGAAAGCUCCGCCCAUAAGUUGUUUAUGAGGGCCACGGUUCUUAUUGCAGAUCUGCUGAUGUAUGUUCCUGCUGUGGUGUUGUACUGUUUCUACCUCAGUGAAGGAUCAAAUAGAAAGAAGGUCUGCCUCGUUCUCUGCAUCCUGCUCUAUCCAGGCCUUAUUCUCAUCGACUAUGGACAUUUCCAAUAUAACAGUAUAAGCCUAGGUCUGGCCCUCUGGGGAGUGUUGGGCUUGGGUCUGGGUUGGGACAUGCUAGGAUCUCUGGCCUUUGUCCUGGCUGUCAACUACAAGCAAAUGGAGCUAUACCACUCUCUGCCGUUUUUCUGCUACCUACUAGGCAAGUGUUUCAAGCAGGGCAUGGCAGGCCGAGGGUUGUUCUUGCUAGUGAAGAUUGCUGUGACGGUCCUGGUGACCUUUACCCUCUGCUGGCUUCCUUUCCUCACUGACCCUGGCCAAGUUCUGCAGGUGCUUCACCGACUCUUUCCGGUAGGACGGGGUCUCUUUGAGGAUAAAGUGGCCAACACAUGGUGCAGCUUGAAUGUCCUGAUAAAGAUCAAGACCAUCCUGUCCACUGAUACCCAGCUGUAUCUCAGCUUGGCCGCCACUCUCCUAGCUGCCCUACCGUCGUCUAUCAAACUAUUAACCAAACCUACGCUGUGGCAGUUCAAACUUGCCUUGGUCAACUCCUCUCUGGCGUUCUUCCUCUUCUCCUUUCAAGUUCACGAAAAGUCAAUCCUUCUGCCUGCCUUACCAGUAUGCCUGCUGUUAGGAGACCUUCCCCUGCCAGCCGUUUGGUUUCUACAGGCCUCCACAUUCAGCAUGCUGCCGUUGUUCCUGAAGGACGGUCUGUUUGUGCCGUACGCGGUCACCUCGUCAGCCUUCGUGUUCUACAGUGUCUACCUGCUCUCGGCCCUGGAGCACAGCUCAGAGGAGGAGCUGCGUCUGAGGCCCGUACGCCGUCUGGUCUGCCUCCCCCGUGUGGACCUCGGACGGAUCGCCCGGUGGACGUUCUACCUCUCCGUUGCGGCCAUGGCUGGUUUGAGCUUUAUGAGCGUGGCGUUGGCCCCUCCGGCCAGGCUGCCUGAUUUGUUUCCCCUGCUGGUGUCUGUGUUCUCAUUCCUCCACUUCCUCGGCCUCCUCCUGUACUUCAAUGUGGUCCAGAUUGCCGAGCCACCUUCACCUAGGAGGAAGAAUCCCAAGAAAACGGAGUAGCUACCGCCUAGCGGAAAGAGGCAAAUGAACUCAGCAAUCAUUCGACAGAAUUGUGUACAGCUGCUCAAGACGCUAACCUCAAAGUACCCAAAGGACUCUAUGGUCAAAUAUUGGCAUCUUUAUUCCAGAAAGAAUCAGCCAUUCAAAUAUGAACAGUUGUUGUUUCAUCAAUGUCUGAUUAUGUACUUUCAACUUAUAACAAUUCAUAUUUUUUUGCAAGCAAUUUCUUUCUAAUGUUUUUACCAUUUAUUAAAAUAUUGUACAAAUUCAGUAUUUCUCUUGAAAAAUAAUAUCACCUCACCUAUGA